AUGAAGGACAGUAAAGGGUGGGAUGGGAAAUUACGCGUCGAGCGGCACGCAGUGCUCACCAAUCCGGAGGCGCUCGAAGAUCCCGAUCAUUCAGAUGAAGAUGCCCCUCCCGUGGAGGAGAUAGAAGCUGAUGAAGAGGGCGUAGACAACGACAUUGAUGAUAUCGACCUUGUCCAUUCUCGAGUUACAUCGUUAAAGGCUCUCCGACUAGAGCGGUUUACUCACCUUGAGAAACUAUGCCUCCGCCAAAACCAAAUUCCACGCAUGUCAUUCCCGGACAAUCUCGGUCCAACUCUAAAGGACCUUGAUCUAUACGAUAACCUGAUUUCCCAUAUCAAAGGAUUGGACCAGCUUACGAACCUUACCAGCUUGGAUCUCAGCUUCAAUAACAUAAAACAUAUUAAGAAUCUAUCAAAAUUGGUCCAGUUAACGGAUUUGUAUUUUGUGCAAAAUCGGAUACAGAAGAUCGAGGGACUGGAAGGAUUGACCAAGCUGAGAAAUUUAGAGCUUGGGGCGAAUAGAAUACGGAAUAUCUCACAUCUUUCUAACCUGAAGAUCCUCUCUCUCCCUUCUAAUCGACUCACCAGUCUCUCGGGAUUGUCGGGCCUAACAAGCCUUGAGGAGCUAUAUGUUUCACACAAUGCAAUUACGCACAUUUCGGGCCUUGAGUCUCUCAAUAAUCUCCACGUCCUUGACAUUUCGAAUAAUCAAAUAUCCACUCUUGAAAACAUUUCUCAUCUCUCCCAUAUCGAGGAGUUAUGGGCCUCCAAUAAUAAACUGGCCAGUUUCGACGAGGUUGAGCGGGAACUUCGAAAUAAGGAGGAGUUGAAAACCGUUUACUUUGAAGGUAACCCACUGCAAACGAGAGGCCCGGCAUUAUAUAGAAAUAAAGUGAGGUUGGCGCUACCACAGAUUCAGCAGAUUGAUGCAACAUAUGUUCGCGCAUCAUAAUCGGGCUGGUACUACGGUGUGCAGGAGACAUGAGUCAAGCCGAGCGGGACACUCUUGGCUUUUAUCCUAGCUAUAGUCACGGAAUGCGGAGCAUUGCAAACCGGAACUUUAUAACUGCUAGACGUGGUAACAAGUUUAACGCAGGGGGCAAUUAACGCACGAUUCCGUCGGGACCCGUGAUCUUGUAACCAUUAGUGAUUAGCUGGAGAUUAUGCCUAACACUCAGCGUAGUUUACUCUUCGAAGCCAAAACCAACAUACUCUACUCCUUAAUAGAC